AUGUCCACCGCCACCGUUGCCGCCUCCGGGGCCGUCCCCCCUCUGACGGAGAACAAGUUGGAGAAGAAGCCCAUCAAGUUCUCGAACUUGCUGCUCGGCGCCGGCCUCAAUUUGUUCGAGGUCACUACGCUCGGCCAGCCCCUGGAGGUCUGCAAGACCCAUCUCGCUGCGAACAGAGGCGAUUCCUUCGCUUCUGCUCUGCGCUCCAUCUGGAAUCGUGGCGGUGUCUUUGGAUUCUACCAGGGUCUCAUUCCUUGGGCCUGGAUCGAAGCCUCGACCAAGGGCGCCGUGUUGCUCUUCGUCGCUUCCGAAGCUGAAUAUUAUGCCCGGGUCGCAGGCGCUUCGGAUUUUGGUAGUGGUAUCAUCGGUGGUGUGACGGGUGGUGUCGCACAGGCAUAUGCCACCAUGGGUUUCUGCACCUGCAUGAAAACGGUCGAGAUCACGCAGCACAAGCUAGCGGCGUCGGGCGUCAAGCCGCCGAGCACGUUCGAGACGUUCAUGGGCAUCUACCGCAAGGAGGGUAUCCGGGGCAUCAAUCGCGGUGUCAACGCCGUGGCGAUCCGCCAGAUGACCAACUGGGGUUCGCGCUUCGGUCUAUCGCGCUUGGCCGAACAGGGCAUCCGCCGCAUCACCAAGAAGGAGAACGGCGAGAAGCUUAGCGCGGUCGAGAAGAUUACCGCUUCUGCUCUAGGUGGUGGCCUCUCGGCCUGGAACCAGCCGAUCGAGGUCAUCCGCGUGGAAAUGCAGAGCAAAAAGGAGGAUCCCAACCGUCCCAAGAAGAUGACGGUCGGAAACACUUUCAAAUACAUCUACGAGUCCAACGGUCUCAAGGGCUUGUACCGCGGCGUAAUGCCGCGUAUUGGGUUAGGCGUUUGGCAGACGGUUUGCAUGGUGGCUAUGGGUGAUAUGGCCAAGAGUUACGUUGAAAAGCUGACCGGUGAUAAGGUCACUGCUAAGCAUUAG